GAAUAUAUUGCGACAUUCAAAGGAUCAGAAUACUUCUGCUAUGAUUUAUCUCAGAACCCCAUACAGAGUAGCAGUGAUGAAAUAACUCUGUCGUUUAAAACGCUUCAGAGGAACGGACUGAUGCUUCACACAGGAAAAUCGGCUGAUUAUGUCAAUCUUGCACUGAAAAAUGGAGCUGUCUCCUUGGUCAUUAAUUUGGGCUCAGGGGCCUUUGAAGCGCUGGUGGAACCUGUGAAUGGAAAAUUUAAUGACAAUGCCUGGCAUGAUGUGAAAGUAACCAGGAAUCUGCGUCAGGUGACAAUAUCAGUGGAUGGAAUUCUGACCACAACGGGAUACACGCAAGAAGACUACACCAUGCUGGGCUCUGAUGACUUUUUCUAUGUUGGAGGCAGUCCUAGCACAGCAGACCUUCCAGGGUCACCAGUCAGUAACAACUUUAUGGGCUGUCUCAAAGAGGUUGUGUAUAAAAAUAACGAUGUCAGGUUGGAGCUGUCUCGACUUGCCAAGCAAGGGGAUCCUAAAAUGAAGAUUCAUGGGGUUGUAGCAUUUAAAUGUGAGAAUGUUGCAACCUUAGAUCCAAUCACAUUUGAAACACCAGAGUCUUUCAUCUCUCUGCCAAAGUGGAAUGCCAAGAAAACAGGCUCAAUAUCAUUUGACUUUCGUACUACUGAGCCAAAUGGCCUGAUUCUUUUCAGUCAUGGCAAACCAAGGCACCAGAAAGAUGCCAAACAUCCACAGAUGGUGAAGGUUGAUUUUUUUGCCAUUGAGAUGCUUGAUGGCCACCUCUACCUACUGUUAGACAUGGGAUCAGGUACUAUAAAAAUAAAAGCCUUGCAGAAGAAGGUGAAUGAUGGUGAAUGGUACCAUGUGGAUUUUCAGCGGGAUGGGCGGUCAGGGACGAUAUCUGUGAACACGUUACGUACUCCAUAUACUGCACCAGGGGAAAGUGAAAUCCUUGACUUGGAUGAUGACUUGUAUCUUGGAGGCUUACCAGAAAACAAAGCAGGCCUGGUUUUCCCAACAGAAGUGUGGACGGCGCUCCUCAAUUAUGGAUACGUUGGCUGCAUUAGAGAUUUAUUUAUUGAUGGUCAAAGCAAAGAUAUUCGACAGAUGGCUGAAAUUCAAAGCACAGCUGGAGUAAAACCCUCAUGCUCAAGAGAAACUGCAAAGCCUUGCCUUAGCAACCCCUGUAAAAACAAUGGUGUGUGCAGGGAUGGGUGGAACAGAUAUGUGUGUGAUUGCUCUGGCACAGGGUACCUUGGCAGAUCGUGUGAAAGAGAGGCAACAAUUUUAAGCUAUGAUGGAAGUAUGUUUAUGAAAAUACAGCUUCCUGUUGUGAUGCACACAGAGGCCGAAGAUGUUUCUUUAAGGUUCAGGUCUCAGCGAGCUUAUGGCAUUCUAAUGGCGACAACUUCCAGGGAAUCUGCAGAUACCCUUCGGUUAGAGCUGGAUGCAGGACGGGUUAAGCUAACGGUCAACCUAGGCAAAGGCCCAGAAACCCUUUUUGCUGGCUAUAACCUCAAUGAUAAUGAGUGGCACACAGUGCGUGUGGUGCGGCGAGGAAAAGGUUUAAAGUUAAUGGUGGAUGACCAGCAGGCCGUGACAGGUCAAAUGGCUGGCGAUCACACUCGACUGGAAUUCCACAACAUAGAAACAGGAAUAAUAACAGAACGGCGCUACCUGUCUUCUGUGCCUUCUAAUUUUAUUGGGCAUCUACAGAGUCUCACAUUUAAUGGCAUGGCAUACAUUGACUUAUGUAAAAAUGGAGACAUCGAUUAUUGUGAGCUAAAUGCAAGAUUCGGGUUCAGGAACAUCAUAGCAGACCCUGUAACCUUUAAAACAAAAGCAAGUUAUGUUGCACUGGCCACGCUACAAGCGUACACAUCUAUGCACCUUUUUUUCCAGUUCAAAACCACCUCCUUGGAUGGAUUGAUACUUUUUAACAGUGGCGAUGGAAAUGAUUUCAUUGUGGUUGAAUUAGUAAAAGGGUAUUUACACUAUGUGUUUGACUUGGGAAACGGUGCUAACCUCAUCAAGGGAAGUUCUAAUAAGCCUCUGAAUGACAACCAAUGGCAUAAUGUCAUGAUAUCAAGGGAUACCAACAACCUACACACUGUAAAGAUCGACACCAAAAUCACAACACAGAGCACAGCAGGAGCCAGAAAUUUAGAUCUCAAAAGUGAUUUGUAUAUUGGAGGAGUGGCCAAAGAAAUGUUUAAAUCCUUGCCCAAACUGGUGCACGCAAAGGAGGGAUUCCAAGGCUGCCUUGCAUCAGUUGACUUGAAUGGACGGCUCCCCGAUCUCAUCUCAGAUGCUCUCUUCUGCAAUGGACAAAUAGAAAGAGGAUGUGAAGGCCCCAGCACAACGUGCCAAGAGGACUCCUGUGCAAACCAGGGCGUGUGCCUACAGCAGUGGGAUGGAUUCAGUUGUGACUGCAGCAUGACCUCCUUUAGCGGACCAUUGUGCAAUGACCCGGGGACAACGUAUAUCUUUAGCAAAGGUGGUGGACAAAUCACUUACACGUGGCCUCCCAACGACCGGCCGAGCACUCGCGCGGACAGACUGGCGAUAGGCUUUAGCACUGUGCAGAAAGAGGCUGUGCUGGUGCGAGUGGACAGUUCUACUGGCCUUGGAGAUUAUUUAGAGCUGCAUAUCCACCAGGGAAAAAUUGGAGUUAAAUUUAAUGUUGGGACGGACGACAUCGCCAUCGAAGAGAUGAACGCCAUCAUUAACGACGGGAAGUACCACGUGGUUCGCUUCACGAGGAGCGGGGGCAAUGCCACCCUGCAGGUGGACAACUGGCCCGUCAUCGAGCGCUACCCCGCAGGAAACAAUGAUAACGAGCGCCUGGCGAUUGCUAGACAGCGAAUUCCAUAUCGACUUGGUCGAGUAGUUGAUGAAUGGCUACUCGACAAAGGGCGUCAGCUCACAAUCUUCAAUAGCCAAGCAACCAUAAAAAUUGGAGGCAAGGAACGUGGCCACCCUUUCCAAGGCCAGCUCUCUGGUCUUUACUACAAUGGCUUGAAAGUUCUGAAUAUGGCAGCAGAAAAUGAUGCCAACAUCGUGAUAGAAGGAAAUGUGAGACUUGUUGGUGAAGUGCCUUCCUCUAUGACAACCGAGUCCACAGCCACCGCGAUGCAAUCGGAGAUGUCCACGUCAGUCAUGGAAACAACCACCACCUUGGCCACGAGCACCGCCAGAAGAGGAAAGGCUCCCACCAAAGAGCCCAUUGGUCAGACUACAGAUGACAUCCUGGUGGCCUCGGCUGAAUGUCCUAGCGAUGAUGAGGACAUCGAUCCCUGUGAGCCGAGCUCAGCAAACCCUACCAGGGCAGGAGGAGGAAGGGAGUACCCGGGCUCGUCCGAGGUGAUCCGUGAGUCCAGCAGCACGACGGGCAUGGUGGUUGGGAUCGUGGCGGCGGCGGCGCUGUGCAUCCUCAUCCUCCUGUAUGCCAUGUACAAGUACAGGAAUCGAGACGAGGGAUCCUACCACGUGGAUGAGAGUCGAAACUACAUCAGUAACUCAGCACAAUCCAACGGGGCUGUGAUCAAGGAGAAGCAGCCCAACAGCGCUAAAAGUUCCAACAAAAACAAGAAAAAUAAGGAUAAGGAGUACUAUGUCUGAUCUCAACAUCUAAAAGAACGCUUGUAUAGAAAUAGUCUUCAUUUUAUCUGAGACAUAAUACAAACUUAUUUACUUUACUUUUUAUGAAGCACAUUCAAAAACAAACAAACAGAAAAGACAGGGAAUGCAAUCAGAAAGGAAAGACUGUUUUUAAAAACAAGCAUUUCAUGCUCUUGUUUUUCAGAAACAGGAGCUGAUAAAUUCCCUAACAUCCACAGUGUUUUCAUUUACUCUGCCUGUCUUUAUGUUGCUGGAACGUUUCUGAAAGACAAUGAUGACACCACGCAUUCAUAAAGCAAGGAGUAUUACUACAACAUCGAGGCACAAUAUGAAACAAAAAUCAAAUUAAAAAAACAAAACAGGAAAAAAAAAAAAAGAAAAAAGAAGCUACCUAUGAUUCUGGAUUUAGCCAAAGUGCUAGCGCUUUCUUGAGAAGUAAGUUAGUCUUAUUGUCAGAGAAGACUGUCAUUAUAUAUGGUGACUCAACAAGCAAACAUAAAGAGUUUGCCGUCUGGUGCAGUGAAGCAGUGAUUGGAAACUUGCAUUUUGAAACAAAGUGCUGGCUUUUCUGAAGACUUAUGUAGAAAUACUUUCAAAAAGCCCCUUUCUGGUUGUGAGGAAAAUAGUAUGGAGGCCUUAUUUUCAAAAACAAAAACAAAAAUCUGGAAUAUAAGGCACAUUUCCACAAAAAAAUAAAAAAAAAAAAAAUAAGAAAAGAAAAAAAAAAGAAAAACAAGAGGGCAUAGAUGCAAUCAUUGGGAAAUUUUCAUGCACGCUUAAUAUGUUAUUACAUAUGUUUAUAUAAAAACACAUCUAUAUGUGCUUUCUGGACUGUGAUAAGUGAUGUUUUAUAGCCUGUUGUAUAGAAAAUGCAAACUAUAUCUGCUCUUCAGCCAUUUUUGGUAAACUCAAUGUUAUAAGUGUUGCUAGGUAUAGAGAGUUUUAUGACAUCUGGAGCAACAGACAUUCUUCAGUUUUUUUGCAGCCAUUAUAAAUUGUCCCAGACUUUUUCCCCUUUCUUUUUUUUUUUUUUUAAUUUUUAUUUUACAGUGUAGUGGUUAUACAAAGGGGGAUGUGUAUGAAUGUAUAUAAGAGUCAGCUAAUUUUUUUCUUACCUGUACAGCUCUAUUAUGUUGCAAUUAAGUUUCAGUAGUUUGUAUGAAAGAAGUGGACUAGAAAGCAAAAAUAUAUCUCUACUGUAAUUUGUCUUCUCCCUCCUAUCCCCAUCUCUUGCUCCUGAUAUGCAUCAAUGAAGUUGAUCAGAAUGGCAAAUUUUCCUAGAAAUAUACAUUCAUUAAUUAGCUAAAUAUUUAGUGACUUAAACUGGCCUUUGGCUUCCAGUCAAAGCUUCACUAUUGGAGAGCAUGGUUUGCCUUACAGAAACCUUGUUCUUAGAAAUUACGAGAAUGAUGAGUUUCUUGAGAAUCUUAGGAAGUAUCAUAUAGUGUUUAUCUGGCAUUCAUAUGAAGAACAGCUACUACAGCACUGGGUGCUAAAAGAUCUAAAAAUACCCAUUGUAAUUAUCCAGGCUGAUUCUAUUGCAGAAUUUAUCCCUUUCUCCAAAAAGGAAAUACUCUUGAGGUGCACGAUAGUAUUUUUCAAUGGUGGGCAUUUUGACAUAUGAAAAAGUAUUUUUUAGCUAAGUUGAUUGUGUAGUAUUGCAAGACAUCAUAACCAGACAGAUAUAAGUUCAUUAUGUUUUAAAGUGACACAGCUUAUCUUGCAUAUAUAAAACAUUAAUGCAUUUUAGUUAAACACAUGAAAUGUAAUGCUGUAAUUUACACAUUAAGUUUGGAAAUUUUUUCUAGUAAUAUUUCAUUAGUUUCACAGCAAUAAAUCAUAACAUAGCAUUUUAUUUACACAGAAGUUCAAAGGGAAUACAUUGGACAGAAAGAGGGUAGUUCAAUAGAAAUCAACCAAAUCAUCAGAAGGCCUCCUGGGAGGGAUAUAGAUAUUCACACUUUACAGACAGGAAAGAGAAAUUUAAAAUUAGCUUUAAACAGCAGACAAAAAACAUUUUCUUGUGUGUUACUCACUGUAGCUGAUGAAAAAGAGUUGGAACUGGUACAGCUAUCUAUCUGGGAGUCAGAGCACUUUAAAAAUACAUGUAGCUGACAUGAAAACACCUCUCUUGAAGUUUGCCAACCACAUCAAGGUGUGCCAUGUUGCAUUCGUGAAAUGACUUUUUAUUUUCAUUAGCGUUUACGCAAAAAUGAGAAAAAAAACCAAAACACAAAAACCACAAAUCCAUCUGAUGUUCAUUUCUGUUGUUCACCUGUGGCACUCAUAAUUUCUCCCACUUUUACAAGACAGCUGUACUCAGGGAAUGGCAGGGGCAAGGGUGACUGGAGGUCUUUGCUGGAAACAAGAGACUUCAGCUGGAGGGGGGAAAGAAGUUGAAAGCCAGGUGGUGCUCAGAUUUCAGUGCUUGAAGAUACCUAGAAGAACAAGAAUAAUCUGUUGACAGGAGACUGGACGUAACAGAACAUGAUUUGGGCGAGAUGAAGUGGUCUUUUCUGCUUGGUAUUGAUUGACUUAAUGAACUAGCGUUGUCAGGCCAAUUUCCAGGCAGUUUGGUAGAUCAAUCUUUAACUAAAUCCAUACAUCAAGAGAAAAAAAGUAUAUCUGCUACUGUUAAAAUAAGAAAACACGAUUUUAACACUGUUUCUAAAGGUUCUCCUUUUUCCUCUUUAAUUUCAUAAUUUAAUAAAAAAACAAAAAACAAUUAUGGAUGUAUCAGAAAUGCCAGCAAGUGUAUUUAAAAAUUCCUUUUUGUUUAAAAGCAGCAGCAACAACAAACAAACAGACAUAAACCAACUACCUAACAUAAAAUUGGAUCCUUUCUCUAUAAUAAUCUAAUUUGUUUGACUGAGAUGGCUUCAUUUCUAUGACUGUAUUGUGUUGCCUUUUUUAACAAAACACUAAAUAACGUGUGAAACUUUCAACCCUAAGACAUCAAAGAGAGGCCCAAUGCCCCUAACCUUAUAGUGCUUUCUGUGAUAGAUAUUUACAAUUUUUUUAUUUGUUGCAAGGCCAAUUUAUUCAUUAUUGGAAAUGCUAAGCAAGUGGAAUUUACUGUUUUGUUAAUAAAAAUGUUUCUUAAUACAAAUGCUGGCUUGCUUCUUCUCUUGCUCUUAGAUUGUGAGUACCUGUUCAUCUUGAGGCUGUGAAAAAAUUGGUAAAUUGAAGUUACAGACAUUCAUGUCAGGAAAAAGUGACCUCAGAGCUCUUUGUACACUUCAGUGAAAACCUU